AUGUCUAGCCCCCCCUCCCCACUACGCGUCCUCUUCCUCUCGGCCCUCCCUUCCCCCAACCCCACAUUCUCACUCUGCACCCCCUCCCUCUCCUGUGGCAGCCCGAUCACUCCCCCCGUCACUCCGCUCGGAGGAGACAACUGGGCAGCAGACGUCGCCCUCCCCUCUCUUCCCCCCAGUGCGGGUGCGGGUGUGGGAGGAGGUGCACAGUGGGUGCUGAGGAUGCAGACCGAUCAGGGAGUCGUAUUCUCCAGCCCGUUCGCUCUUUCCCAACAAGGGGGGACAGAGUCCCUCUCAGCUCUUCCGAGUAGCACUCUCUCCCCUACCCUCUCACCCUCACCCUCACCCUCCGCAAGCCCAACCCCCCCGAGUCAAUCCCUCCAAACGCUCAUCCUAACCGGCACGCCCCUGCCCCUCAGCACAUCCACACCAAUCGGCUCACCAACCCCAACCUGCAGCUCCUCCCCCUCUCCCUCCUCCUCCCUCUCCCUCCCAUCAACCUACGCCCUCCCGCUCGCUCUCUCCCUCUGCCUCCCGCUAGUACUGGCCAUGUGUCUCUUCCUCCUCCACUUCUGUCGCCGACGACGACGUCAGGGAGGCGCAGAAGAGGGGGACUGUAUCUUCCCCCCGAGCCCGCCCUUGGCAGCUAUCGAACGCCUAGAGAAGAUGGAUAGGAGGCCGGGCUUACCACCGUUAGUCACCGCAGGGUCGGAGCUCACUCUGAUAGGGCAGGAAGAGCCCGACCCAGAAGAGCUCAAAGACGUCGAUCUCGAACAUCCCCAUCCCUCGAAGUCCGAGGCCCAGAAGCUGAAAGAGGAGAAAUCCCUCCCUCCCCCUCCCCCUCCCUUAGCAUACGAAGGCAUCCGCAGAAAACAGCUUCAGCUGAACGAGAUGGACCGCGCGCUCCUCCUCCUAGGGCGGGCGUUAUCUGAUUCUGCACUGUCGGCCUCGCUGGGGAGGGUACCGAGCUUGUUUAGGGCACGCUCGGAGUUGUCCGUCCCACGGGGGGCGGUGCUCAGGGGGAGUGCGGGAGCUGGAAGGCCGAGGGAGGUAGGCAGGGAAGGGAGGAAAGUCUCGUUCGCCCUCCCUUCUACAUGUAGCCCCGAGGGUACGCUCUCGAGCUCCCUACCUACCCCUCCUUGCCAGAAAGCGUACGAACCCCGAAACCCGGUACCGGUACAGGGCCCGACGGCCGCAGAGGGGACUAGAGUGCUGAGAGGGGAGUCUCUGUCUUCGGAGACGUGGGGCCACCAGAUGCCUUCAACAUCGUGCUCGGGAGACGCUUUCCCCCUUCCUGUUCCUGUUGCCUUGCCUACGCCUUACGCUCUCCCGACGGCCCAGAUUGGCCAACAUGAGAGGGGGGAGUACUUCUCUUACUCCCACCCCGCGCCACUCCUAGGCUCCGGGUCCUUGCGCGACGUUACGACCGAACCGAGGCCUGUAUCCGUCCCUUCUAGAUGGGAAGUACAGCCUCCAACAGAGAGGCUAGAACGUGCAUAUACAUGUACUUCUUCCCUCCCUCCGUCUGAAGGCAGCUUGACCCCCGAGUGCCCAGUUGGAAGGCCUGUGUGCUCGGUUGACCCGGCCACGGCUGCUCUUCCCUCGGGCUCGGAGAGGUAUGGCCAGAUCUUUGCAAACGCGGCGCCCUUGUGUACGCCUGGCGCGCUACGGACGGCCCAGGGCCAAUCUGAUAUGGGGGAGUACUUCUCUUCCAAUCCGGAGACGCACCCCCUUGGUUCCUCGGGCGUUUCUGCUAUCCCCGUUCGUCAGGACCAAGCACUCUACAGUUCGUAUAACCCCUAUCGAGUGUCUGCGACUUCCUCUGGCCCUACAUCGGCGUGCGCUAGCCGACCCGCUUCCACUCGCUCGGGCUCGUCAGCUUACGCUGAAUCCCCAUACGGACAACAGACCGCCCGGUUGCCGGAAAUGACCAGUCCUACGCCGAUCCAGCUGCCGUAUAUUCUUGCGGACGGGUGCUGUCGUGUGCAUGUACAGGUGCCUCAGGUUGCGCCGGAUACUCAGGUCACUCAGGAGUCGGGCCGGGGUUGCUAUCAUCAUCACUCGCCGGCCCCGCAGCAACAGCAAUCGCACCACCACACCGAGCAGCAUUAUCCGCAGCAGCAUCCUAUAAUACAGCAACCAACCCGUCCUCGUACUCUCACUCCUCAUCCUCAUCCUCAUCCUCAUCCACAAGCCGCCCAUCUCGCUCCGGCAGAAGGAUACCCAAUAGAGAUCCUAGGACAAUACCAGACGCCUAUCCCUCCUCAUGCUCAAUGGAUCGGAAACACCUGCUCUCCCGGCUGUCUUCUUUCGCAGGGGUUAUCCCCGCCGAGAGUACAGAGCCCGAAUGGUGCUGGUGCUAAUUUUGGGUGCUGUGAGCGUGCUGAGCGGAUAAUGGACGGGAGCCGGAUGAUGUAUGGGCCCCGGAGUUUGGGGAGGUGA